ACCUGUCGUUAAGCUCUGGUGCGUUAACAGACAAGCUUUGAGUAGAGAGAAACAGGAACCGGCAACAGUUUUGACUUUUUUCUCUCAAUCUCAAUUCUCAAUUCUCAACAAUUUCUGGGAUUUAAUUCAACAAAUCCCUUCCAAAAUUAAACCUCAAAUGAAUAUCCUUUUCUUCCUUCUGUUUACGACUGCGUUCUCUUUUCUCCGGUUCGUUUGUUCUUCUCCGGCCGAUCACAGCUACAAUGUAGGAGAUCCUGUACCUCUAUUCGUCAACAAAGUUGGUCCCUUGCACAAUCCCAGUGAAACCUACCGCUACUAUGAUUUGCCAUUCUGUCGUCCAGAUAAUGUAAUUCGAAAGAAAGAAACGCUUGGUGAGGUGUUGAAUGGGGAUCGUUUGAGUAGUGCUUUGUAUGACUUGAAAUUCAGGGAGGACAAAACUGGGGUUACCCUUUGUAAGAAGAAGCUUAAAGGAGAUGAAGUUUUGAGGUUUAGAGAUGCUAUUAUCGAUGAUUUCUACUUCCAAAUGUAUUAUGAUGAUCUCCCGUUAUGGGGCUUUAUUGGGAAAGUUGAAGAACAAAGUUGGAUUGUUGGUCAGAGAGAGUUUAAGUAUUAUCUGUUUAAACACGUUCAGUUUGAUGUUCUUUAUCGUGGCAAUCGAGUCAUUGAAGUAAGUGCUUUUAGUGAUCCAAAUCAUGCUGUGGAUAUAACUGAAGAUGUUGAUAUAGAUGUUGAGUUCACUUAUUCAGUUAUCUGGAAUGCGACCUCAGCUCCAUUUGAGACCAGGAUGGACAAAUAUUCGAGGGCUUCGUUUCAUCCAGUACACCAGCAGAUCCAUUGGUUCUCAUUUGUUAACUCAAUCAUCAUCAUUUUGCUCCUGAUGGGAUUGCUCACUGGGCUUUUUAUGCGACGUCUCAGGAAUGAUUUGAAAAAGUGUUCUGGUGGAGAUGAAGAGGAAGAUAAAGAGGUUGGCUGGAAAUACAUCCAUAGUGACGUUUUCAGAUACCCACAUAACAUAUCCUUGUUUUCUGCUGUCUUGGGCACAGGCACUCAACUGCUGACAAUGGUUUGCUUUUUAUUUGUUUUGGCAUUUGUUGGUGUGCUAUACCCUUACAAUCGUGGAGCCUUGUGCACUUCUUUCGUCUUGGUAUAUACACUCACAUCUGUGGUUGGGGGUUAUACCACUGCUGCUUUCCACAAUCAGUUUGCUCAAACUGGAUGGAAAAGGAGUGUUAUUUUCACUGGGAUUCUGUUCCUCGGUCCAUUGUUUGUGAUACUAUCCAUUUUGAAUAUCAUUGCUGUAUCUUAUGGGACCACAGCCACACUUCCAUUUGGAACCAUUAUGGUGAUACUUCUCAUACACGUAUUUUUUACUGUUCCAUUGCUUGCCUUGGGAGGGCUUCUUGGUUACUGUUUCAGGUCUGUAUUUCAAGCCCCUUCUGCUACAAAAAGGUACCCAAGGGAGAUUCCGCCAUUAGGAUGGUACAGGAAAACACCUGCUCAAAUGUUUCUUGCAGGAAUUUUAUGCUGUAGUGCAAUUAUCCUUGAGUUACACCACUUAUAUGCAAGCUUGUGGGGCUAUAAAAUAUGCACUCUGCCCAGCAUUUUGUUUGUCACUUUCAUCAUCCUUAUCUUACUUACCGCACUCUUAAGUAUCGUUAUGACAUACAUUCUGCUCUCCGCAGAGGACCAUCAGUGGUGGUGGAGAUCUGUGUUGUGUGGGGGUGCACCUGCCAUUUUUAUGUUCAGUUAUGGUAUCUGCUUCUUUGCCAGGUCAAAUAUGAGGGGCUUCAUGCAGCUAUCAUUUUUCUUAGGGUAUAAUGCUUGCAUUUGCUAUGCAUUUUUCUUGAUGCUGGGUACAGUCAGUUUUCGUGCUUCAUUCAUGUUUGUUUCCCACAUAUACCAUGCUGUUAAGAGUGAGUGAACAAUUUCCUUUUAACUUUGUAAUGGCCUGUCACUUUUCCAGUAAACUCCACUCCUCCUCAAAGGCUUAAGAAGGGAGACGAGGUGGGGUGGGAGAACACAGAGAGAGAGAGGGAGAGAGAGGGGAAGGCAAAAUUUAUUAAUUCUUCUUGUAACAUGUAUGGAGUCUUCCAAGACUUGAGGAUAUUGAAAGCAAGAGAGGAAAUCUGUGUUUGUAGUAUUGGAAGAUGUAACCGUUAGAGAAAACUUGAUAUUCAUUAUUCAUUGACGGUUAUGCAGGUUGUCUGAGUCAAUUUUUUUGAGGAAUUAGCAACAUUGUUAGGGCAAGAUGCAAGCGUUAAUAUUUCUCAAAAAGCUUGUAUGAAUACAUGUUAGAUUAUGAAUCU